AUUCCCUCUAGCUAGGUGUCUGCCUGUCUCAACACGGAGAGAGAGAGAGAGAGGGAAGACGAUGGAGCAGAACAAAGCGAAGAUGCCCAUCAGAUGCAAAGCGGCGGUGAGCAAGGUGGCCGGGGAGCCGCUGGAGAUGGAGGAGGUGGAGGUGGCGCCGCCGCGGGCGCACGAGGUGCGCAUCAGGAUCCUAUGCACCUCGCUCUGCCACACCGAUGUCACCUUCUGGCGCAUGAAGGAUCUCCCAGCAAUGUAUCCGUCAAUCCUGGGGCACGAAGCAACCGGUGUGGUAGAGAGCGUGGGGGAUGGGGUGGUAGAGGUGGCCGUCGGUGACACGGUGGUUCCCGUCUUCUCGGCGCAGUGCGGCGACUGCGCCGACUGCCUCUCGGACCGCAGCAACAUCUGCUCAGGGCUGCCCAUCCGCCCCGGCGGCAUGCCACGCGAUGGCACAUCCCGCUUCUCCUUCGCCUCCACCGGCGAGCCAAUCCACCACUUCAUCUCCGUCUCCAGCUUCAGCGAGUACACCGUCGUCGAUGUCGCGCAUCUCGUCAAGAUCGAGCCCGGCGGAAUCCCGCACGAGAUGGCCUGCCUGCUCAGCUGCUGCGUCUCCACGGGAGUUGGGGCGGCGUGGAAGGUGGCGGCGGUGGAGCCCGGGUCGAGCGUCGCCGUGUUCGGGCUAGGCGCCGUCGGGUUAGCGGUAACGCAGGGGUGCAGGAUGCGAGGAGCUAAGCGGAUCAUUGGCAUUGAUUUGAACCCGGAAAAAUUUGAGAUCGGCAAGAAGCUGGGGAUCACCGACUUCAUAGACCCAAACGGUACUGAUGGGAGGACCGUGAGCGAGGUCAUCAAGGAGAUGACCGGCGGCGGCGCCGACUACUGCUUCGAGUGCAUCGGCUCGACGCCGGUCAUGGCGGAAGCGUUCAAGAGCUCGCGAAAGGGCUGGGGGAAGACGAUCGUGCUCGGCGUCACCAACGACGUGGCGCCGAUCAGCAUACCGUCGCAUGACAUCCUAAGAGGGCGAUCGGUCGUCGGCUCGCUCUUCGGCGGGCUCAAGCCCAAGACAGACAUCCCCGUCCUGGCACAGAUGUAUCUCGACAAGGAGCUGGAGCUGGAGGAGUUCGUGACGCACGAGAUGGGUUUCAACGAGAUCAACACGGCUUUGGAGCUGCUCACCCAGGGGAAGUGCCUCAGGUGCAUCAUCUGGAUGGACGGAGCCAGGGAGAAGGAGAACGUCGUCAAGGUCAAGCCAAAGGAAAAUGGCCGCGCCUGCGAGGCGGCGUGACUGACUGAUAUCGCUGUCCUGGCUGACACGGCGCCUCGAUCGAUCGCGAGUCCUGGCU